GCGGCCCGGGGCGGGGCUCGCCGCCCGGCUCCUCCUCCACGCGCGGCCUGGCGGCGGCGGCCACUCUAACCAGCGCAAAAUGUCCCUGGAACAGGAGGAGGAAACGCAACCUGGGCGGCUCCUAGGACGCAGAGACGCCGUCCCCGCCUUCAUUGAGCCCAACGUGCGCUUCUGGAUCACCGAGCGCCAAUCCUUUAUUCGACGAUUUCUUCAAUGGACAGAAUUAUUAGAUCCUACAAAUGUGUUCAUUUCAGUUGAAAGUAUAGAAAACUCGAGGCAACUAUUGUGCACAAAUGAAGAUGCUUCCAGCCCUGCCUCGGCGGACCAAAGGAUACAAGAAGCUUGGAAGCGGAGUCUUGCAACAGUGCAUCCCGACAGCAGCAACCUGAUCCCCAAGCUUUUUCGACCUGCAGCGUUCCUGCCUUUCAUGGCGCCCACGGUAUUUUUGUCAAUGACACCACUGAAAGGGAUCAAGUCCGUGAUUUUACCUCAGGUUUUCCUCUGUGCCUACAUGGCAGCAUUCAACAGCAUCAAUGGAAACAGAAGUUACACUUGUAAGCCACUAGAAAGAUCAUUACUAAUGGCGGGAGCCGUUGCUUCUUCAACUUUCUUAGGAGUAAUCCCUCAGUUUGUCCAGAUGAAGUAUGGCCUGACUGGCCCUUGGAUUAAAAGACUCUUACCUGUGAUCUUCCUCGUGCAAGCCAGUGGAAUGAAUGUCUACAUGUCCCGAAGUCUUGAAUCCAUUAAGGGGAUUGCGGUCAUGGACAAGGAAGGCAAUGUCCUGGGCCAUUCCAGAAUUGCUGGGACAAAGACGGAGUCUUGCCCUGUCACCCAGGCUGGAGUGCAAUGGCGUGAUCUCAGCUCACUGCAACCUCCGCUUCCCGGGUUCAAGCGAUUCUCCUCCCUCAGCCUCCUGAGUAGCUGGGAUUACAGGCUGUUAGAGAAACGCUAGCAUCCAGAAUAGUGCUGUUUGGGACCUCAGCUCUGAUUCCUGAAGUCUUCACCUACUUUUUUAAAAGGACCCAGUAUUUCAGGAAAAACCCAGGGUCAUUGUGGAUUUUGAAACUGUCUUGUACUGUCCUGGCAAUGGGACUGAUGGUGCCAUUUUCUUUUAGUAUAUUUCCACAGAUUGGACAGAUACAGUACUGUAGUCUUGAAGAGAAAAUUCAGUCUCCAACAGAAGAAACAGAAAUCUUUUAUCACAGAGGGGUGUAGGCGUGAGUUUUAGGUGAAUUUAUGUGGUUCCUGCUUGAAAACCUUCCCCUCUCCAGGUUCGGUUUAGAGAACUUUGCCACAGGUCUUCUGGGGACCCCAGAGGUGUCUGUGCUGACAAGGCGACUUCAAAUUCCAUACUGAGAUCGUUCCCAGGCUGGCGUCUCUGGGGUUUUUAAGGCUGGCUGGAGAAGACAGUGGGAGGGUGCCCCGUCUGACACCCCUGGGGUUGCUGAGGGAACGGUUGGAGUGGGGAUCAGCCUGCGAAAGGAUACUGUGAAAUCACUAAUUAACUAAUAAACCUGUCUCAAGUUGA